ACAGCGGCAGAACCCGGAAUUGCCUGAGUGUGCCGGGUGAACUAACGUGCUUGUCCCCGGGAUGGACGUGUGACAUGCAUUGAAGCACUGGAGUCGCUGGAAGGAGUGAUGAGCGUCGUGGCAGCGACUGACAUUUCACGUUUAUGUUGAACGCUUGAAGCCACCAUGACUGCGAUCCAACGUUGUUUACGCCCUAUUGGGAUGCUUCGACACAGAGCAAGUAGCUACUAUGCCAACAGAAAAAUCAGCCUUUUCUCGGGCUCCCCCUCAGCCUCUCAAUGGAGCAAAGUUGUUUCAGAUGCAGAGAAGAUUGUAGGUUAUCCAACUUCAUUCAUGAGCCUACGCUGCUUACUGAGCGAUGAGCUGAGCAACAUAGCCAUGCAAGUCAGGAAGUUGGUGGGAACAAAGCAUCCUUUACUAAAUACAGCCAGGGCCUUUGUCUAUGACAGUCGUAACAAUCUACAGAUGCGAGGUCUGGUGGUGCUUCUCAUCUCUAAAGCAGCAGGACCUAGUAAGGCAGCCGACCACUCCUUCCAGCAUGACAUGGUUAGCGGAAUUUAUUCCAGCCAGAGGAGCCUGGCUGAAAUUACAGAGUUGAUCCACACGGCUUUCUUGGUUCAUCGUGGGAUUGUAAAUAUCGGGGAGCUGAAGACUUGUGACGGGCCCAUUAAAGACAUGCAGUUUGGAAAUAAAAUGGCUAUUCUGAGCGGAGACUUCCUAUUGGCGAACGCUUGCACUGGAUUAGCUCAGCUACAGAACACAAAGGUUGUGGAACUUGUUUCUAGCGCUAUUGGGGACCUGGUGCAAGGAAUAUAUUAUGAAAAUUCCUACUUGCCAGAGAAAAACACCUUUACAGAUGACAUUGGAAUAGCCAACUGGAUGGAACAUAUUUUCUUAUCACAUGGUGCACUUCUGGCCAAAAGCUGUAAAGCUGCCAUGGAAUUAGCAAAGCACGAUUCAGAGGUGCAGUCUAUGGCUUUCCAAUACGGGAAGCACAUGUCUCUGAGUUACAAGCUUUACUCGGAUAUCCAGCCCUUUGUAAAUGGCAAAUUCAGCGGGACAUCCUUUAGCCUUAACUCUGCUCCAGUGGUUCUUCAUCAGGAUUCUGUGGGGCGAGAAGAAUGGAUGCAGCAGAUUAAACAGGCUCAACUGAAAGGCAACUUGGUUGAUCUGGCAAAGGUGCAGGAGACCAUCAAGGCAGGCAAAGGUGUAUCUUCAGCUAUUGACCUGUGCCAUUACCAUGGAAACAAAGCUCUGGAGACCCUACAGUGCUUCCCUCCCUCUGAGGCCCGAACCGCCUUGGAAAACAUUGUCUACGCUGUGACCAGAUUUUAAUGAUGCUGAACAGAAUUGGACGCCGCUGCUUACAUUUUAAGCAAAUCAUUUGGAAGUCCGGAGCUGAAAAGCUGAGAAGUGUCAUCCCUUCCCCUGCCUGCCUGUUUUCAUUCUUGUCUAAGUCUCUGCAUUGCACAAGGGGGCGGGGGGGACUUUUUUUUUAUAUAUAUACUUCUUCUAAAGCUAAAAAUAGUAAAAGAAAGGAAAAAAAAAAAAAAAAA